GCACCACUCUGACCGUCCUGCCGCCUCCCGCCGUCCGCUGUAAGCAGAUGACCGUCUCUGGGAAGCACCUCGCCGUCCUCAAAGUGUUGAAUGAGUCUUCUCAGGAGGAGUUGAGUGUUCGGGAUGUUCGUAUUUUGCCAAAUCUCAACGCCUCCUACCUUCCCAUGAUGCCCGACGGCUCCGUGCUGCUGGUGGACAACGUCUGCCACCAGUCAGGGGAGGUUGGCAUGGCGUCUUUCUGCAGGGUGGAAAGCCUGGCCUGCCGCCUUCCCAGCAUGCUCAGCGCUUUGGAGGAGCACGACUUCCUGUUCCAGAUGCACCUCAACGACAUGCCGCCGGACGACUCCAACGAGGGGCUGGAGGUUCCCCUGGUUGCUGUGCUGCAGUGGUCAACUCCCAAGAUGCCUUUCACCAACUGCAUCUACACCCACUACAGGUUGCCCAGCAUCCGUCUGGACCAGCCUCGGUUCGUGAUGACGGCCAGCUGCCCGAGCACCGUCAGAGUGAAGGAAGACUUUAAGGUUAAAUACGUUCUGCUGAACAACCUGCAGGACUUCCUGGCGGUCCGACUCGUCUGGACGCCAGACGGUCAGUUUCAACACAUUUAUUAA